UUCGCGCAGGGCGUGGUGGGAUAGAAGGCUUCUUCUUGGAGGACCCUAUGUAGGUUCCAAGCUAACGGGUAACGGAGAAGAUGGCUGCAGCGGGGAUUUUCAGGCCAGUGUCUGAAAACACAUCGCUGUGUGCCAUGUUUCGGGACCGCCUGGAUUCACGUUGCCCUUUGAUAUAACCGUUUCUUUAAGGACGCGAGGAGGAUAAACAUGGGAUCUCAAACACUACAAAUAUUGAGGCAGGGGGUAUGGGCUUCAAUUACUGGUGGGUGGUAUUACGACCCCCAUCAAAAUACAUUUGUCAAUGCCUUACAUCUGUACAUAUGGCUAUUCCUGCUGUGUUUCCCCUUUACGCUCUACAUGGCCCUGCCCCCCACCAUGGUCAUCGUGGGCAUCUACUGCGGGGUGAUAGCCGGCAUGUUCCUGCUGCUGAAGGCGGUCAACUACCGGCUGCACCACGCGCUGGACGAGGGAGAGGUGGUGGAGCGGCGCGCGCGCGGGGCUCAGGGCAGGACGCACGGCCCCAACGGCCACCAGCAGGGCGGCGCCACGCGCCAGGAGGACAGCAACGGCCCCGGGGACCCUGGAGGGGGUAUAGAGAUGGCAGACUUUGUCAGAGAGGAAACACCGCCUGUGGACUGCAGCUCAAGAAACUCUUAUGUAGUGGUGGACUCCAACCACCAGAUUGUGUCAGCCCACGGGGGACCAGCCACAGCCAAAGGGAAGACCUCAGAUGACAUCAGCUUGAGCCUCGCACAGAGCUGCUGCAGUCAGGACCAAGACCUGAUGUCGGACCCAAAGAUGUACUGCCUGGUGUCCAACGGCUCCUUCUCGUCCAUGCAGCCGUCUACGUCGCUGUGCCCAGCGGACCUGGUGCGGGACGUCUCGUCUGACCCCUCCAGUGCCACCCCGCGCCACCCCCUUCUCCCAGUCGCUAUCCUCCUGCGACACAGAGCUCACCGCCUCUCACCCCCACGCCCACCACCACACACACCACCACACACACCACCACCACCAGCAGCAGCA